UGCUAGACUGCAUGAAUCACUUCAUUUAGUCAUUGAUGCAGUAAACCGAAUCCGAAGCAACGUGUUGAAUACGCGGUUAUUUGCGCAGUUGUGUGAAGAAAAUGACGAACACUUUCAUCAAUUACUCCUUCACGCUGAAGUACGCUGGCUGUCGAAAGGCUUAUGUUUGACAAGAUUUUUUACACUUUUUGAGACUAUUUUAGAAUUUCUGGAUACUAAACAUAAAAUUUUAAAAGAAAAUUUAAUGAAGAGGAAAACAGACAUCGCCUAAUUAACAGAUUUGUUUACAAAAUUUAAUAUGGUUAAUUUGCAAUUACAAGGCAACAGUUUAAAUUUCAUUAAAACAGUCCAUCUUAUCAGCGUUUCUUGCCAGAGUUAAACUAAUGAAGCAAAAUACUGGACGGGGCGAAUUUUCUCAGUUCCAGAUAUUUGUCACAGACAAGCUGCCAGGAAGACGAUGUUCGACUUGCGUUCAACAUUUAAAUGCCCUCUAUUUAGAUUUUAAAUCUAGGUUUGAGGAUAUUUUGACUAUGGUAAUACCACCGUGGAUAAUUAAUCCAUAUGGUGACAUAGAAGAAACGAAUAUCAUAAUACAAGAGGAACUGACUGAACUAAGUACAAACGAAGAACUUAAGGUUCAGUUUAAAAAUGGAUAUCAGCAAUUCUGGCUGCAAAACAACAUACCCGUUACUUAUCCCGUAUUAUGGAAUAUAGCGAGAAAAUUUUUAAUUUCCUUUCCAUCGUCAUACCUAGUGGAAAGGAGGUUCAGCGCUGUUACCAAUCUCCUAACGAAAAAAACAAACAGACUAGAUAUCAUUACCCGAGGAGAUUUAAGAUUAACCCAUACAAAAUUGACGCCAAAUGUUGAUAAUUUAUUUUUAAAGCAUCAGGUUCAUCCUUCUCACUAA